AUGGCGGGCGGGCCCGAGGACCCGGCAGCGCCCGCGACGGCGCCGGCGCCCGCGCCGCUGGCGGCAUCGGACUGCUAUAAGAAGACCGCCAUCGGGGUGAGGCCCGCGCCGCCUGAACACGCAGGGUUAGGUUGCACGCGCGCCGCCCGCCGCGGCGGCGCGACGGCGGGCCCGGCCCGCCGCGCCGAGCGCAUGCGCCCGGACAGCAGACUGCAACUGCCGGUGCACGGGCUGCGCCUGGCGUGCCUUGGAGCUGGGCGCCGCCUGCGCCCGUUCGCUAUUCGUGACGCCUUGCGGCGCUGCGCUACGCUGUGA